CAGAGAGGAGCGCUGACUGGGAAAAGUUUGUCGGGAGGAAUGAUCAAGUGCGAGACCGCCGCUUUUCUUUCGCACGCCACCAUUAUGACCGGGACAAUAACACGGAAAAGGAUUUAAAAGGAUCUACUUUGUGUCCAGCAUCAUCGCCGCAUUUUGGAUUUUUCUCACUCUGGGGGAUCUGUUGCACCAGACCAAAAGAAAAAAAAAAAAAAAACUUCUGAGGUGUCUUUUGUGUUGGACGGGGGAAAAGUAAAAAUGUUUCCCUCCAUGCAGCCGGGCACUUCUGCAGGUUCUGUGGCAUUUUUCUUGCUGUUUUGGGGCACGCAUUGCGAGGUCGGAGUCGACACAGGGACGUGUCCCGCUCCGUGCGCUUGUUUUGGGGAUCUAGUGGACUGCAGCCGCCUGAAAAGGGGAAAAAUCCCAAACUCUCUCCCGGAAUGGACGGUUCAAUUGGACCUGAGCCAUAACAAAUUGCAGGUGCUCGACAGCACUUUGUUUUCCAAACUGCGACAUCUGAAUGAAAUCAAGCUGAACCACAACGAACUGGACACGGUGCCUGAUUUGGGGGUGUGCGCGUCAAACAUCACAACAUUGGUUCUAGCAAACAACAGGUUCUCCAAGAUCACCACGGAGCAGCUCCGGCCUUUCCUUGCCCUGGAAACACUCGACCUCAGCAACAACAACAUUGUGGAAGUAAAGGCCAACUCCUUCCCCACACUGCCUCUGAAGAAUCUGUUCCUUAACAACAAUCGCAUCUCCUCAUUGGAGACGGGCUGCUUCGCCAAUCUGUCCAGCAGUCUUCAGAUUCUCCGACUCAACCGCAACCGUCUCUCCUCCAUCCCAGCCAAACUCUUCCAGCUGCCUAAUCUGCAACACUUGGAGCUAAGCAGGAAUCGAGUGCGCAGAGUGGAAGGCUUGACGUUCCACGGUUUGCACGCUCUUCGCUCUCUGAAGAUGCAGAGGAACGGCCUGAGUCGCCUAAUGGACGGGGCCUUCUGGGGCCUCAGCAAUAUGGAAGUCCUGCAGCUGGACUACAACAACCUGACAGAGGUGAGCAAGGGCUGGCUGUACGGCCUGCUGACUCUGCAGGAGCUCCACCUCAGCCACAAUGCCAUCAGCAGGAUCCGGCCUGACGCCUGGGAGUUCUGCCAGAAACUCAGCGAGCUCAACCUCUCUUCCAACCACCUGUCUCGACUGGAAGAAUCCAGCUUUGUGGGACUCACCCUGCUCGACGAGCUUCACAUGGGGAAUAACCGAGUUAGUUUCAUCGCCGACGGAGCAUUUCGAGGCCUCUCCAGCCUGCAGACUCUGGAUCUCCAAAAUAAUGAAAUCUCCUGGACUAUAGAGGACAUGAAUGGUCCGUUCUCAGCGUUGGACAAACUGAAGAACAUAUUUCUUCAAGGAAACCAAAUUCGUUCAGUGACCAAGAAGUCCUUCUCCGGCCUUGAUGCAUUACAGCACCUAGACUUGAGCAAUAACGCCAUCAUGUCCAUCCAAGCAAAUGCUUUCUCUCAGAUGAAAAAUCUAAAAGAGCUGCGUCUAAACACCUCCAGCUUGCUGUGCGACUGCCAGCUCAAGUGGCUUCCAGUCUGGGUGGCAGAACAAACCUUCCUCCCCUGCAUUAAUGCCAGCUGCGCCCACCCGCAGAUGCUGAAGGGCAGGAGCGUGUUUGCCGUCGGGCCCGAGGAGUUUGUGUGCGAUGAUUUCCCAAAGCCUCAGAUCACUAUACAGCCAGAGACCCAGUCAGCUCUGAAAGGAGCUAACGUGACAUUCGUCUGCUCGGCCGCGAGCUCCAGUGACUCACCCAUGACGUUCGCCUGGAAGAAAGACAACGAGGUCCUUAACGAUGCAGAGAUCCACAACCAGGCACACUUGAGAGUACAGGGAGGUUCCGGUGGAGAGACUGAGGUGACAGAGUAUACAACCACCCUGCAGCUGCGCGAUGUGCAAUUCUCCAGUGAGGGAAAAUACCAGUGCGUCAUCUCCAACCACUUUGGAUCCUCUUACUCCAUCAAGGCCAGGCUUACAGUUAAUAUGCUUCCUUCCUUCACCAAGAUGCCAAUGGACCUGAGUGUCCGUGCCGGAGCGACUGCCAGGCUAGAGUGCGCCGCGGUGGGUCAUCCGUCGCCUCAAAUUGCCUGGCAAAAGGACGGAGGCACAGACUUCCCUGCCGCCCGCGAACGGCGAAUGCACGUGAUGCCGGAGGACGACGUGUUUUUCAUCGUUGAUGUCAAGACGGAGGACAUUGGCAUUUACAGCUGCACUGCUCAGAACAUUGCUGGGGCCAUUUCUGCCAAUGCUACGUUAACAGUUUUAGAAACACCCUCGUUCCUCCGUCCCCUCAUGGAUCGAACAGUAGCUAAAGGCGAGACCGCCGUCCUCCAAUGCAUAGCCGGCGGCAGCCCCGCACCGAGACUGAAUUGGACCAAAGACGACAGCCCGUUGGUGGUGACUGAGCGUCACUUCUUCGCCGCCGCCAAUCAGCUCCUUAUCAUUGUGGACGCCGCAGAGGCGGAUGUCGGGAAGUACACUUGCGAGAUGUCCAACGCUCUGGGCACUGAAAGGGGAAACAUCAGGCUCUCCGUCAUACCUAACCCCAAUUGCGACUCGGGAGUGCAAGGAGGGGUCGGAGUUGGGAUCAUCGGUGGAGCCGGCUCGGAUGACGACGGUUGGACGACAGUGGGCAUCGUCAUUAUAGCUGUGGUGUGCUGCGUCGUGGGCACCUCGCUAGUUUGGGUGGUGAUCAUCUACCACACCCGUAGGCGUAAUGAGGACUGCAGUGUUACCAACACAGACGAAACCAACCUGCCCCCAGACAUCCCAAGUUACCUCUCCUCUCAAGGUACGCUUGCAGACCGCCAGGACGGCUACAUCACAUCUGAGAGCGGUAGUAGCCAUCAGUACAUGGCGUCAUCCAUUAGCGGCUUCUACCUGCAGCCUAAAGACAUAAAUGGUCUUUGUCAGAUGGACACAGGAAGUGAAGCUGAAAUGGAAGCAGCAUCCAUUGACCCUCUGCUCUGCCAUUACCAAGGUCCAAUCAGCACACUGCUUCGCCGAGACUUCUACCCCAGUGAACUCUCUGAGGGCUACACAGGGUGUACUGUUGACCCAAGACCAGUUUGCGCUGAAACCUGCAGUGGAAGCCUGACCAAAAGAAUGGACUACAUCCUCUCAGAGCCCUUUGACCUUUGCUCCUCUACCAUCCUGAUGCAGCUCCCUAAUGCCGGCCUCCAUCUUGGCCCCUCUACCCACCACAACGGCCGCCGCCCAUCCAUGGAGGAAGCAGAACCAGCCAACUACGGCCAAGCUAAUGAAUCUCCCCCUCCUUACAACGGCUUCAUGGGCACAUUUGGGAAAUCCCCCUGGAGGGCUCAGCAGGACCUCCACUCUGGAUACAGCCCACCACCAACAGCGUGUAAUGGUAAUAGUCUCCAUGAGAACCCUUACACCGCUCCCGAUGUGGACUCAGACCGCGAGGAGGACGACUGCAACAAGGACUCGGAAUCGGAGCAGAGCCACAGUGUUUACGAACAGCCUUUUGACAGCAACAGGACGAACUUUGUUUCUCAGAGCUGAACAAACUGCGAGCCGAGCGCCGGAGCAACUUUUUGCUCCUGUUUUUCCAUGAAGAGAUUACCAAAUAUUUGAAAAAGAAUACUUCUACCUCACAGAGUCGACACCUUUAGAAUGAAAGACUCCAGAAAUUUUGCAACAAGUGAAUGUAAAAGAGGACAUUCCGACACAAAAAGUCCAAGCAUCUAUAUGACGGCUUGCGCUUUUAGGAAACAGCUUCAGUUCAAUAAAAUAGAUGAAUAUAAACGUUUUUAUAUAAAUAUUUUAUAUUUUGUAAAUUGUAUAUAAAAACAGAUCACAUUAUUUUUACUUAACAUCUGCCAUGUAUGAGAAUGUUGCAGCCCUGCCAGUUCAGUUAUGCCAAGUUUUUUGUAUU